AUGUCGCCGAUCCCGCCAAAUUGAAAGGGAGACAAGGAAACACCAGGACAAAUGCAGGCGAACGGACGAGUAAAUAAUCGAUCAGUGAUGGACAGGAAAAGGACAAAGGGCAGCGAUGUCCACAAUCGAUACAUCGACCUAGCACUACAAAGAGAUAGGCUGACCCAGUUAUCUAAUCACUUCCGGUUCACUAUUCGUGCCAUUCUCAUAAGAUACUAA